AUGCCGGUGGGCCAUCAAUUUAACCCGUACACCUCGAACGGUGGUUCGAUCUUGGCGAUUCAUGGAGAGGACUACUGCGUGAUUGCUGGCGAUACGCGCCAGUCGGAAGGAUACAACAUCCAGACGCGGCACAAGCCCAAAGUUUUUCGUCUUACGGACAAGGCGACGCUUGCCACGACCGGAUUUGCUGCGGAUGCUGAGGCACUGGUCGCCCGUGUGCGCCAGCGUCUGGAGCUCUACCAGUACGCGCACAACGCCUCGAUGCCGCUGCACUCGAUCGCACGUAUGCUCUCGACCAUUCUGUACAGCAAGCGGUUCUUCCCUUACUACGUCUACAAUAUCCUCGGUGGCAUCGAUGAGCAAGGCAAGGGUGCCGUAUUCAGCUACGACCCCGUCGGCAGCUACGAGCGCCAGGUCUGCAACGCCAGCGGCGCCGCGCAGGGCCUGAUCCAGCCGUUCCUCGACAACCAGGUCAUGUUCAAGAAUCAAAACUCCACGCCCGAGCGCAAGGUGCCCGAGCCGGGCCAUCUGAGCCUGCAGGAGACGCUGCGGAUCACCACCGACUCGUUCACCUCGGCCACCGAGCGCGAAAUCGAGGUUGGCGACGGACUUGAAAUGUAUGUCGUGCGCGCGAUGGGCAAGAAACCGGAGGGCGAGCAGCGCGCGCGCGCCGCGGAUAUUAACCUCGAGGAGCUCGGCGCGGUGGAAGCGGUCGGCGGCGAGGACGCAUACACGCCGGGCGCCUGCAUGGUCAUCCGCCGCGAGCUCAAGAAGGAUUAA